AUGCUUGUAUCGUCCACUUUGUGUCCCUCACAUCGCUCCCCCGUGCAUUUAUUCGUUGUGCAUUACGACGAAGACCGUGUCUUGGUGCCCGUAGAUCUAUACGCGAAAUACGCAGACUUGCAGGAUUACGUUGCGAGGGAAUGGAAUCUCGAAAGGGCGAACAUUGAAUUCGAAACGGAUGAGCUGAAUAUCUGCGCGGGGAAAAAAAUACGGAUCCAUGAGGAAGCUUGGAUUGGGAUCAAGGACAUCGUAGGGAAUGUAUAUGUUCGCGUCCUAUAUCCGAAUCAACCCAGUGUUAGAUCGGAAGGGCAACGAGAUACACUUGCACAUAAUGUGAAACACGUACCGAAGCGUGAAGUACUUGAAACGAUCAGAGCGUCGUCAGAGACUGCACAUGAAGCAGAAGUAGAAAAACAGACGAGCACGGAAACUCUCGAGAGCGAAUACGUCGAUGUUGCUCCGCCAGACGAAAAUCAUGGCCAGGAUAGCGAAGUGAAUGGUCAUGAACACGAACCAUCAAGUGACCCUACAGGAAGUCCGAAGCCACUGGGAGAAGAGGAGGGUAAAGAAUCUCUGAAGGACAAGGAGAAAGAAAAGGAACACUCUCCCGGACGUAGCUCAACCUGGGGACAACUUCUAGAUUCAGGCAGAGCAGCACCUGAGAACCCACCUAACAAUGUGACUACUACCAGCACUGGCUCAACUUUUUGUACCUGCACCAGCACUCGUUGCUCUGCUAGAGAAGCCAAGAUAGGGAGUCGGUUACACCAUAAGCCCUCACCCAGAAAAGCUGCGUCAGGAGAUCCAGAACAUAUUCUCAUCAAAGUCACGCCUCCACCCAACAGCAUCUACAACCCUCGUUGGUUCAGAGUCCGUCGCGAAGACUCUGUACGCAGUGUCCUCAAGGCUGCAUGCAAAGCAUUCAGGGUUGAUCACACCAAAGUAGAACUAUUGCAUAAUGGGGGUGAUGAAGUGACCAAACGAUGGAAGAUCUCAACGUACAGGAUAAUCAUGAAUUUGUCGUUGAAAGGGUCAAUUAAGAGGAAGAAGAGGAAGAAGAGGAAGACGAGAGCGACUCCUGUCGCGAAUCAGCAUUUUGCAUGUUUCUUCAACACAUUACUUGCCUCUGGAUUCUCCACCCCUGUUCUUGAUAAACCUACAGCAGAUAUGUAUUUGCAAGGGUUUUUGUGUAUAGAAAUUGAUUGGUACCAGACGAAACGUAUGAAUGAACAAAGUCCUUACGAAUUCGUAGAAGGUUCAAUGCAGAACCCUCUCAUCAGCUGA